GACGGUGUAGGAGGGACCACAGACCGAACUGAUCCCACGUGUGACGGAGCGCUGCAUCCCCGGCUCGCUGACACUGUAGCUCCGCUCCGUCUGCCGACCUGCAGCCUGUGUGUGUCCGUCAGUCACUGCCUGUAGCUGGGUCAGAUAUGGAAGGAGACGGGAGCCAAGCCACGUCUGCUGGAAGCCCGACUGAUCCGCAACACGACCCAGGGAAAAUGUUUAUUGGUGGCCUCAGCUGGCAAACUUCACCAGACAGCCUUAGAGAUUAUUUUAGUAAAUUCGGGGAAAUCAGAGAAUGUAUGGUGAUGAGAGACCCAACGACAAAACGCUCCAGGGGCUUUGGCUUCAUCACUUUUGCAGAUGCUGCCAGUGUAGAUAAAGUCUUAGCACAGCCGCACCACGAGCUGGACUCUAAAAUGAUUGACCCUAAAGUUGCCUUUCCCAGACGUGCUCAACCCAAGUCAUUGGGUGCCUUCCUUCUACUGUCCUCGCAUCACCAUUCUCCGGCCCAUGACCUGAAAAUUGAUCGAGGUCCGCCAUUGAGGAUGAUCUAAAGGAAAGAUGAACUCUGAGUG